AUGACUGAAGUUGGCGGAUCAUGUAAGCAGAGAUUUAGUUGGAUGCGAUGUGCUGGAUUCGAAGCACUAGGGGUCCAAAAGCUUCGUUAUUUUUCCCUCAUCUAUUACCACUUCUUCCGUGUCAUUGGCGGCUAUCCAACAGUCAUCGACUCCUUCUACCCUACCCUAAAAAACGUCACUAGCAGUGACUCCCCAGAGCGGCUACCUCCCCUCUGGGAUACUUCCUCGUCAAGGGUCCUCAACUGGUCCUGUGACGCGUUUCCUGGUGAUAGCAACACUUGUGUCUCUACAAUCACGGCCGACAAAUGCCGAAAAAAUUCUCAGUAUUCCGUGGGAUUCUGGCGGACAGCCAACUAUUCGUGCAUAAAGAAUGGACAACUGGUGUCCUGUGCUGAGGUAACUCUUGAAGGAGACGUGUGUCGCGAUGUCGUCAUUUCAAUCCGCAACUCUUCUACCUCUUAUUUUGAACUCAACGAUCUCAAGUUACACUCUUUACUCACUCAAACCUACUUUGGUCGUAGCGAUAUGCGUUCGGAAUGUCAUCACCCAGGUUACCCACUUAUCACAACACAGCCACUGCAACUCCUGCAAGCGGGCGCAAAUGGAUAUUGCGAGCCUAGCUCAACGCUAUUGCAAUUUGGGAUCAAUAGAACCACGCAAUGUAUAGUGGAUAUAUCAGCAAUGACAAGUGAUGGUGCUUGCCCACCUCUUGUUCAGUUGAGAAAUACGUUUGUGUCAAAUGUCUCCUAUAUAUGUAACUGUGGUUUGUGCCAAACUCCUGUGCUGAGAGAUCGCGUCCCCAAACAGCAAAACAAUUCCACUGCCUGUCUGAUUCCUCAUAUGGUUACGGUAACAAUUGUGCACUCUAACGGCUACAUCAAUGGAGCACAUGUCGGAUUUGAUUACCGAACAACAUCUCCCAGGGAGUCAACGGCUUUGCUUACAACUCGACUACUAUUUGUGCAAUAUCAGCCUCCAUGUAAGAAGACAAGAUUUGAACUAAAACGAGGACUUUUUCAUUGUCCAUCGGAUGUGACAUGUUGGCAGGAAUUGUGGUUACCUUUCAGUGAUGUCCUCGAAUCUACAGUAUCACCUAUUGGCUCUUUAGUCAUUAUACUUGCUCUGGCACUACUUAUUUUGAGAAAUGGACGUAAAAAAGGAGCUGAAUGCGACUGCGCAAUUGCGCGAAAACUGUACAAUGAAAGUGAACAUUGAAGUACUGCUGUGAAUAAAAUGUGA